CUGAAAUCGGCAAACUCUUCCGCGGAAUCAAUCCUUCAUUUCUUCUUCUUCUUCCUCUCUGUUUCCAUCACCAAAAGUUAUGGGGGAACGCCAAUCUUCACCUACUCAUCUCGAGCCUUGGAACUCCCUUCACGGCAAGGUGGUCAUGGUCACCGGAGCCUCCUCCGGCCUUGGCCGUGAGUUCUGUCUCGAUCUUGCUAAAGCCGGUUGUAAAGUCAUCGCCGCCGCUCGCCGAAUCGAUAGGCUCCAAUCUCUUUGCGACGAAAUCAAUCGCCUUAAUCUCUCUUCUUCUUCCUCCCUCCCUACUCCUACAGCCAUAGCUGUAGAGCUCGAUAUUAGCGCCGAUGGAAAAAGCAUUGAGAAAUCAGUCAAAAAUGCUUGGGAAUCCUUCGGCUUCAUCGAUGCCUUAGUGAAUAAUGCAGGUUUUAGAGGUAAUGUGAAGACUUGUCUAGAAUUGUCUGAAGAGGAAUGGGAUCAAGUUAUGGGAACAAAUCUUAAAGGUUCUUGGUUGGUAUCAAAGUAUGUGUGUAGUCAUAUGCGUGACUCCAAAAGAGGUGGUUCUGUUAUCAGCAUUUCUUCCAUUUCUGGUAUUGAAAGAGGCCAACUACCUGGUGGUCUUGCCUAUGCUGCUUCAAAGGCAGGCAUAAACAUUUUGACAAAGGUUAUGGCUCUUGAAUUAGGGCCAUACAAUAUCAGAGCAAAUUCCAUAGCCCCUGGGCUUUUUAAAUCUGAGAUUACAGAGGGUCUGAUGCAAAAAGAUUGGCUAAAUACUGUAGCCUACAAAACUAGCCCUUUAAGGACAUUUGGUACUUCAGAUCCAGCAUUAACAACACUCAUUCGAUAUCUGAUUGACGAUUCUUCUCGAUAUGUCUCGGGCAACAUUUACAUAGUUGAUACUGGAGCUACAUUACCUGGUUUCCCAAUUUUCUCAUCUCUUUGAAUAUGUAUGCUGCAGUUGAUGAUUUGCUUAGAAUUUGCAGAUCAUCGACUUCAUGAAAAUUUGAAAGGUAAUUUCUUUGAACUUAUAUUUUUUCUUACACCAAUUUUGCACCCUCAGGAUUCUCAAUUACUUUACAGCUACUUUGAACAAUGUUCACUUCAUUAAAAAUAAAUCAAAGUUGUUUGUUAGGUGAAUGAAUUAGGUAUCUUAAAAGUUGGUGACAUUAUUUAAUUGAAA